AGACAGGGAAAAUAGGCAGCACGUGUCACGGCCCAGGCCAUCAAGAGUGAUUCGAGGGCUCCGCACGAGAGGAGCGCGGAAGUCAGGAGGGGCCGGAGAACGCCCCUGUGAUUGGCGGGCUGGGGUACCAGAACGCUUGUGAUUGGGCGAGGCCAAGACCAAGGACUGCUUUUUGAACCGCGUAGGGUUCUGGGUAGCAAAGACCUUGGAAGGGUCUUAACUGAAAGGGGUAGGGGGAAGGUCGCCAACAAACGGCUGAGCUCACAAUCCGUCCUGGGACCAGGCCGGGGCGUCCCCCUCCCCCCAUGGAGAGAGCCAGGCCGGAGCAGCCGCUUCAGCAGCGCCAACUGCCACGGGCGACCCCGCCGCGCCCGCUGCGUCCUGCUCCGCCCUCGCUGCCCGUCGAGGGCGCCUCCUUCCGGGCAGCGGCCGCGGAGCCCUCUCCGUCGCCGCCCACCCCGUGCGCGGCCGCCAUUGCGACCGUCGCCUCGUCGUGUGGGGAACCCUCGGCGUUGAGCGUACAGCCAGCGGCACGACGGCUGCUGCAGGUGAAGCCGGAGCAGGUGUUACUGCUGCCACCCGGGCCACCACUGCCUCAGGCCCGGGAGGAAGGCGCCGCCACCUCUCCCGCGCAGGCGCGGCUGCUGCAGCUGAGGCCCGAGCUGCUCCUGCUGCCGCCGCCGCCCCCCGCAUCUGAGGGCGUCCCAUGCAGGCCUGAGUUGCACCCGUUGCAGCCCCGAGCGCUGCACGUUAAGGCGGAGAAGCAGGAGCCGGGACCCGGCUUGGAUCUGUUGGCUGGGCCUCGGAGGGCCGUUGAGGCCUGCUCUAAAACCUCCAGGACGGUGAAGGCAGAAGGCUCUGGGCCCCUCAACAGCCGCCGGGGGGACGAGAAGAAGGGCAAGUUGGAGGCGGAGGAGAUUGUGAGCUACGCAGCAAAAGGCGAAGAAGGCAAAAGCCUGGCAGCCCUCAGAGAAGGAGUCAUCAAAACGGAGGCGCCUGAGAGACUUCGAGAGGACUGCAGGCUCAGUACAGAGCCCGCGUCCAAUGGCCUGGCCCAUGGCAGCAAGGAUGUCAUCCUGACCCAGCCAUCCACUGCCUUUGGGCCACAUCAGCAAGACCUCAGGAUCCCUUUGACUCUUCACACCGUACCCCCUGGGGCCAGGAUCCAGUUUCAGGGACCACCACCUUCAGAGCUGAUACGAUUGACCAAGGUCCCGUUGACACCAGUGCCUAUUAAAAUGCAGUCCUUACUGGAGCCUUCUGUAAAAAUUGAAACCAAAGAUGUCCCGCUCACGGUGCUUCCCUCAGAUGCAGGAAUACCAGAUACUCCCUUCAGUAAGGACAGAAAUGGUCAUGUGAAGCGACCCAUGAAUGCAUUUAUGGUUUGGGCAAGAAUCCACCGGCCAGCACUAGCCAAAGCUAACCCAGCAGCCAACAAUGCAGAAAUCAGUGUCCAGCUCGGGUUAGAGUGGAACAAACUUAGUGAAGAACAAAAGAAACCCUAUUAUGAUGAAGCACAAAAGAUUAAAGAAAAGCACAGAGAGGAAUUUCCUGGUUGGGUUUAUCAACCUCGUCCAGGGAAGCGAAAACGCUUCCCUCUAAGCGUUUCCAAUGUAUUUUCUGGUACCACACAGAAUAUCAUCUCUACAAAUCCAACAACAAUUUAUCCUUAUCGCUCACCUACCUACUCUGUGGUAAUUCCCAGCCUACAGAACACCAUCACUCAUCCAGUUGGUGAAUCUCCACCGACCAUCCAGCUGCCCACACCUGCAGUCCAGCGUCCAAGCCCCAUCACACUUUUCCAGCCCAGCGUCUCCAGUACUGCCCAGGUGCCUGUCCAAGCUCCAAGUCUGCCCCUCCGUCCAGCACUCCCACCCCAGCGCUUUGCUGGGCCCUCCCAAACGGACACUCAUCGGCUGCAUUCUGGAGUCAAUCGCUCUGUGAAGAGACCCACUCCUGUUUCUCUGGAGAGCACCAACAGGAUUCCGACUAGUGCAAGUCCUGCCCAUUCCAGAUUUUCAACCUCAACCAUCCAACCUCCCAAGGAGUAUCCCAGCGUUUCCACUUGUCCCAGAAGUACUCCAAUUUCCCAGGCUCCUCCUAUUCCACACUCACAUGUCUACCAGCCCCCUCCCCUUGGCCAUCCAGCUGCACUGUUUGGGACACCACCAAGAUUCUCUUUUCAUCACCCUUACUUCCUACCUGGACCUCACUACUUCCCAUCAAGCACGUGCCCUUAUAGUCGGCCUCCCUUUGGCUAUGGAAAUUUUCCAAGUUCAAUGCCAGAAUGCCUUGGUUAUUAUGAAGACAGGUACCAAAAACAUGAGGCUAUGUUUUCAGCUUUAAAUAGAGACUAUCCUUUUAGAGACUACCCAGAUGAACGCGCUCACAACGAAGAUUCUCGAAGUUGUGAGAACAUGGAUGGGACUUCUUACUAUAAUAGUCAUAGCCACAGUGGGGAAGAAUACUUAAAUCCCAUGCCUCAGCUGGACAUUGGAGCCUUGGAGAAUGUCUUCACAGCCCCGACAUCAACUCCCUCUAGUAUCCAGCAAGUCAAUGUCACUGACAGUGAUGAGGAGGAAGAAGAAAAAGUGCUCAGGAAUUUAUAAUUUUAAAACAAAUAUGCACAGAAAAUAAACAUUUCUUAAAUAUAUUCUGGGUCACUUGGUGUGAGAAAAAAAAGCCUAGAAUGCUUUGCUGAGAGUUUUCAGCCAUGAUUUGAGUAGUCAAAACCAAAUGCAAUUUAUGCCUUCAUAAAGUUUUGAUUAGUGAAACUGGAGUCUGAUGUUUCAUCAUAAGAAUAUUUAAGAUAUGAAGUAGUUUAUUUUUAUGGCUGAAAUUUGCAUCAGCAUAUAUUAUCAUUACUUUAUCUUGGAAUGUGCAAAAUACUGAAUCCUCACAAUUAUAUGUGAGAGGAAAGGGAGUGUAUAAUUUGUCUUAAGUGUGAUUUGUAUUUUAUCUCAGGAUGCAUUUAUUUUUCUUUAUAUGAUUUUUUGGUUUGGUGUUUAUGUAAUAGUUACAAAUAUUUCAGUUUUUAUGUAACAUUUUGAAAAUAUUUUGAUAACUUUUAGUAGUAAAUUGGGACUCAGUUACUAAAUUUAAUUUACACUAAUAGCCAAUUAUAAGUUGCAAAUGUGUUUUAAUGGAACCUGAGUAAUUCCUUCAGCUAAAUUAGCCAUUUCUGUUCCUAAACAUUUUUAUCAUCUUUUUUGGAUAUAUUUCCAUUUGGUGUGCAUUGUUCUACUUUUGUUAUAAUUAAAUAAACAUAGAGAAAAUUGUU